ACAAAAAUUGUUAAGGAAGCUAGGAAAGAGCAUAGUGAAUUUCUACUGUAAAGUCCGACCUCUCCGAUCUUAUGAUCCAAAAGAGUCGCAUUUUAACCCUUAGCAUAUAAAAAUCAGUAAAUCACAGCACUCUCGCUAACAAAUGGAUAAAAUCAUGAAACUCAACAUCUCUCUACGCUCCGCCGCUCCUCCUCAUAGUUUUCUCAUUUGCUCCUCCUCCUCCUCCCUGAAGGUCUCAUGCUUUAAUAAUAUCAAGAAAACGACAUGGAAUAACGAGAUGAGGGCGAUUCCGGCUCGGGACAGAGUUAUAGACAUCGGGAAACACAAAGGGAAGAUGUUAGGGAUGCUGUCGUCGGAGUAUCUGAGAUGGAUGUCAAAGAAUCUGAUAACCGGAGAUUCCGAGAAAUGGGGGAAAUUAGCAGAGGAUGUGCUGGAAGACGAGGUAUACGCGGACAGAAUGGAAUGGGAGGUGGCGGAGAGACUCCUGACUGGAGAGGGCAUGGUGGGGUCGUCGGGUAGUGGUGUUGCCGGCGAAUUGAAGGAACUGAGCAAGAGGUUUGGGUGGGACUACGACGACAAGGUUGGGUGGAGCAAGGUUGACUUUAGAUUGUUGGGGACAUCCAAGGGUGGUCGGUUACCUAGGGUUCAAGAUAAGCGGCAGCAGGUCGAGAGCAAUUUCAAGAAACCUUCCGGGAAAGGGAGCAGCGGUGGUGGUGGUGUUGGGAGGGAGAAAAGACGAGAGAGGGCGGCGAAGAGAAGGGAGAAUCAGACUGCUGUAGCUGGUAAAAGGAACACUACUGAGAAAGAAGAGACGGAUGACGAUAAUGAUGGAAGAAAGGUGGAGGAGAUUAGCCGGAGCCGAUUUCCAGGGCGACAAUCUCUUAUUAACAAGGUGCUACAUGAGGAAUGACGACGUGUAUAGUAUCGAGAUUAACAGAAUCAAAGAAGAUGGGAAUCGGGGUUUGAAAAAUAACAUGUUGCUAAUCAAUUGUUGGUUUUUCCAUAUUCAUCAUAUAUCUCAUAAAUUGGAUGAUAUUGUGUUGAACUUGGUAUGCCGAUUUUCAAAAAGAAGGGUUCAAGCUAUCAAUUCCAGUUUAGGAUUGGUACAAUUUCAAGGGUGAUGGAUUAAUGGAUAGGUUGUUGUUUGGCUUUCUUCAGAUGUAUGGAGAAAUUGAAUCUUUUGGAAGUUCGUUUCUUCUCUUGGGUUAAAGAUUGUAAUCAUCUUAUUCUUAUCAAAGGAAUGAACGAUGGAUUGUAUUACAGCGAGCUUUGGCAGCUAUAUUCAAAAUAUGGGAUCGUGAUUGAUUAGCAUCUUGCUAAGAAGUUGAGUAAAGUUGGAAAACCUGUUGAAUUUGUGCAGUUUAUUAAUGUUGAUAAUGUGGUAUAAUGUUUUCGUUAUCUGAUUCACACUUUGAUUGUCCACCAUCAUGAAACUUUGUUCCUAGCAACUACCAAAUGGCGAAAUGGGGUUUGCAGCGGUGGGAAACUUUUUUUUUUUUUUUUUUUUUUUUUUUUUUUUUUUUUUCACAUUAGACCAUGAAAAUCAUGUUUUAUGUUUUACCUGUUAAUGUAGUCAUUUUCCAUGAUUUUAAUAGGUUUACCGGUUGUUUUGAGUAAGUAAGUGGCAUUUAAUAUUUAGUUUUUUUUUUUUUUUUUUUUUUUUUUUUUUUUUUAAGAAUAUGGUGACAUGUAUGAUGAGUAAAAGUCCCCACAUCUUAAAUCCCCAUUCGUCUAGCCACACACAUUCACCAUAUCCAUCUUCUUCCCUAAAUCUUAUUUUCUUUUCUCUUUUACAGCGGUCAAAUACCGGAAAGAAGAUGUGAUGGUGUGUACAGUUUUUUUUUUUUAAUUUUUUUAAUUUAGGGUCUUGAUUAAAGAGAAAAAAGCUACUUAUUAAAAGUUUAAUAAUAAAGUUUAACCGGGGAAACCGGAAAAAAUUAUGAUUUUAAUGGUCUAACGAGCAAAAAAAAUAAUUUAAUGACCUAAUGGGACAAACGUCAUUUUCCAAUAUUAAGAAAUAUAUAAUUUACACCCUUUAACUUUUCAGAUACGUCCAAAAUGCAGUUAACUAACUAACUGCCCUCAUGUUUUCAUAUAUAGUCCUUUCCUAAAAGAAUCUUGAGAAAAUUACACGGUUGGUCCCUAUGGUUUGCUCUUACUUGCACGCUUCGUCCCUGGAAAGAAUUUUUAACUCGGACAAUCCCUAUAACUUUAUUUCGUUACCCGCCUAGUCCUUUAGUUAACUUUCCGUCUUAUUUGGGGUUAGGAACUACUCACGUGAGUGGCACGCUGGGGGCAUUUUUGUCCUUUCAACCCUACAACGGACUUAAAACUACUUCUCUUUCCUUCUUUUCUCAAUCGAUGCUUCCAGUUCUCCUCUUCUACUCCAUUUCUUUUGCUCGUGAAGAUUGAAGAUCCACAAAAUUGAUUAUGGUGAAAUGCAAGUGUGGAGCUGUAGGGAUCAUACGAACUUCAGGAACAAAGAGAAAUCCUGGUAGGCCUUUUUAUGCAUGCCCUUUACAGGUAUUGAGUUAUCAAUUUUUUUGGUAAUUUCUAGGAUGAACCCUAGUUUGUGCUAAUCGAGGGUAUUGAAAACUUCAGGGACCAAGAAGUGGAUUUAUUUCGUGGGUAGAUGAAGAAAAGCAUACGUAUGAGGCUGAAAGCCAAAAUCUUGAGCUUGAAAUCCAUAAUGAAGAACUUCAAAUCCAAAAUCGUGACCUUGAAAUCCAGAAUGAAGAACUUGAAAUCCAAAAUCGGAACCUUAAAAUGUUGUUAAUUGUCAGUUGGAUUUUGUUUUUGGGAUAAUUGUUUACAAGUUGUAGUAUUAGGUAUUUCAGUAAUGGUUUUUGGUUGAAGAUAAUCUAAUGAAAGGGUAAUAUUAGCAUGUUUGUAUUGCUGCAUUUUAAUGAAAUGGUAUAUUUAGGUACAA